AUGUUCUCCGCUGGUCGUCGCAGCAUUCUCGAUGGACUCAAUCGGCGGUACAUCUACGGUCGCUUGCCACUGCUUCAUACGAUAAUCUUUCUUAUCGAGAUGGCGGCGGCAACGCGGCUUGCCGCCAAAUUCAACUCCUACUAUUCGGAGAAACCAGUCCUCACUACUAUGGUCACCAAUGCGAUCCUGGGUGGAAUCGCAGACACGGUAGCACAACUGAUCACGGCUGUCAGAGCUGGCUCCGCACGCCGCUCGUCCAAUAGUGGGGACUUCAUCUCGAUUGAGAUCCACGAUCUAGACAAGGAGAAGCCGCCUGCUCUCGGGGAGCUGGGCCAUGCGCGACACGCGAUCCCGGCGUUUGACUUUGAGCGCCUCACCCGGUUCAUGUCGUACGGCUUCUUCAUGGCCCCGGUUCAAUUCCACUGGUUCGGCUUCUUGUCUCGCACUUUCCCUCUCACGAAGAAGAACCCGAGCAUUCCGGCGCUGAAGCGGGUGGCUUUUGACCAGCUCAUGUUCGCUCCUUUCGGGUUGGCGUGCUUCUUCACAUUCAUGACGGUGGCCGAAGGUGGUGGAAAGCGGGCCUUGACGCGCAAGUUCCAAGACGUAUACUUGCCUACGCUGAAGGCCAACUUUGUUCUCUGGCCUGCCGUCCAGAUCCUCAACUUCCGUGUCAUCCCCAUCCAGUUCCAGAUUCCUUUUGUGUCAUCUGUUGGCAUCGCCUGGACUGCUUAUCUGUCAUUGACCAACUCUUCGGAGGAAGAGUGA